UUUCGUUUUCAGUGCGAUCGCAGACAUUGUGCAAAACGGUUCACAGUUCUCUCCUCGCGACUGCAGGUGAUCGAGUUUUUUUCGUUUGAGUGCACUAAAAAAAAACAGAGCAAGCGCAGCAACUGGAGUUGGAGUGAAGCCCCAGGAGUCACGUCCCUUUCGAAGUCGAGUGAACUAAGCAUUUAAGGUCCGCAGCCCGCUUAUCUGGCCACGUCCGACUAACCCAUUGAUCGGAGCCCAGAAGGCCCGGCGGAGUCCCAAACAACUUAACUAUUUCCCAUGGCUCCCGAGGGCGGCGCGUGUUUGCGCCGAUUCUCGACCACGUUAUCAGCGAUCUGCUUAGCCAGUGAACUGUUCUGAACUGCUAAUUGAUAAUAUGUAUGCGGCAACACCUACAUAUGUACAUACGUAUGUGUAUACUUACAUAUUUAGAUUCGAGUUGAAACUGCGUCGCAUUUGCCACUUAGUUGCCGUUUUCCCAAAGCCUGUUUGAUCAGCCUACUCUUCACACAUACUCCCCUCCGGAUGAAGCACAAAGAGCCUCCAUCGGUGAAAAAAAAAAACAAGUAUGAAGCUCCAAGAUGGCCACUCCACCUGGAGCAGAUACGAUAAUAAUAGAUGUAUACCAAGAGCUUAUCAAUAGCCCGACUUGUUUUCCAACCGCACCUUAAAUAAAUUCAAUUUGGAUCGUACGACGGCCGGAGGAGAAGAUCCCCGCACUUGGAAACAGCUAGAGGGGCACGAGCCCACCGAAAAAAACAAGAUUUCAGACAAAAUAAAUAAAUUAUGGUGUCUUCGCAUAUAUAUUUUUAGCUUUAUCAAUUUCGGCCGUUUUUGCGGAGGCUCGACGCACAUACACUCAGACGGCCAAUCGGAACCAGAUUUGUAGCGAGGGUCGCACCAUGGAUAGCGUCAAGUCGUUCUUCGCCGGCUCCACCAAGGAUGGCAGCCUGUCCAGCAACAGGCAGGCCAAUGUGCCCGGCUCCUCAGUCGCCGGCCGCUGGGGUCGCAGCUGGAGCACCAGCUCCCAGCACACGGAUCCCGAGCCAGGAGCCACCAGCUCGGUCUCUAGCAAGAGCGCCAAUCCGUGCGAUGCGAAGCGCAAGGACAGUGACAACUACUUCUACAUCAUGUGGCGCGCUUGAAGAUUAACAGAUGAUUGUGGAUCGGAGCACCAGUCGGAUGAGUCCUGAUCCGUGUCUAAAGUGACCUGCAGCUAUAUAUAUAUAUCUGAUACCCUAUUAGGAACAUCGGAGCGUUGUCACUGGCAACAACCGCCUUUUGCCUUGUUGCACCAUCUCCAUUGGACGAGUCCGGUGUUUAGUGAUACUAGUUAUUUAUUUACGAUUUUACACAAGACAUUCAUUGUACGUGCUGUCCGAUCGAUCCCUUCUCCUCCUCCUUCUAUAUGGACGCCAUCACAAUCCUGGGCUUGAUCUACUGGCUGAUCUGCAUGAUUGCGUUCGGACCACUGAUGUUCUUCGUCUGCGUUUACCUGCCAGAGGUUCCGGUGCGAUAUGUAAAGGGUCUGAGGCAGCAGACCUGAGCGCCUCCAUCCUACUUGACUACCCCCAACUAGCAAAGUCCGUAGUAGAUAGAUUGCCCAAGCCAUAGUUAAAAUCACAUUGAUGUACACCCGAUCGAUUUGCAAUAAAAGUAUACACAAGAAUGCAUUC